CCGGAAGUCUUUACGGCUUUUAAGGUAUUUGAGAUUUCCUGCAAGCAAACAUCCGGAGGAAGAGUCCGAGCUCUCCGAAGCCAAACGAUACAACACGAGUAACGUAAGCUCUGCGUUGCUAUUGGAGCGUUGCGCCCCUUCUCCUUCUCCAGGGCCCCUAAGGAGCCCCCUACUUGGAGGGCUCACAGGGAGCCCGCUCCUGAUCGGACAGCAGGCUGCAUCCUUGCAGCUGGCUCAGCUGAAAGCCCAGCUAGCACUGACGCAGAUAAACACCGCUCUCGCUGUUGGCACUCAAGCUGUGAACUUGACAGCCAACUCCAACACACCUUCUCCCUACAUACGCACAGCUCCCCCCUCCCCGACUGCUGCGGCCAUCAAUCUCCUUAACCUUCUGAAGAUUGCAAACACCAUGUCUCAUCCCCUAUAUAACCCCUAUGCUUCUGGGAACCAAAGUUCCUCCCAGGGGCAAUAUGGACUCUCCAGUAUGCAGGCAGAGAGGGACCCUCGAAGGUCAUCCUCUUGCCUCGGACCUGGGUCCAGCUUCAGCUCUUCUGGAGUUUCUUCUGUAACCACUGCCAACUCUGGGGGAGUGAUCCCAUCGCUGCUGGCUCAAUCAGUGAGCUACAGGCCUGAACAGAGCAGGACCAAAAUAGAUGAAGACCUAGAGAGGUCUAUAGACAUGCAUAUUAGCAGAGCCAGAGAGGAAGUGAGGUUUCUUGGCAAACCGGCGCAUCAGCCCGUAGGCCAGGGCACUCGCUUUACUAGCAUUCAAAGAGAUGACUUUCUCUCCCCAUCCAAAGGGAUGACCAGCUAUCCGAUGUCCUCUACCACUGCCUCUCAAGGACAUAGACAGUCUGAUGUUGAAAGUGGCAGUACCUCCUUGGACUGGUUGCCAAGCUACACAAGGUCAACUGCUGAUGAUUCCUCUAAAUUUUAUUCAUCAUCUGCUUCAUCUAGCUAUGGCAGUGGAGACAGUAGGUUUAAUACCUCCAGUGAAAGAGAACGUGAUAUGCAGUCCAUUCCAGGGUUAGGGGAUUAUGACUAUCCAGUGCCAGACAAACCUGCGGCCCCUACUGAGUCAAGUCGCCCCAAGUACACUUCUGAAUCAGCUGCUAACAUCCUUUUGCAUUUUGGACUUGAAAAAGAGGACUUGGAGCAUCUCAUCUCUUACCCUGAAGACCAGAUCACCCCUGCCAACCUGCCGUUCAUCUUGCGCCAAAUCCGGAUUCAGAAGGCCAAGAGAGCUACGACUGCAGAUCACUCAAAAACUUAUCGUGAACCCCAGUCCACCAGAAGUGUGAGUGGAAUGGACAGUUUGAGUAGUUCUGGAGGGGCAGGGAGACGCCAGGAGGAAAUGUCAUCGGCCGUUCCCCAGCCCAGUAAAGUGAUUGACUAUGGCCAUACUGGCAAAUACGCUGGAGGGGUUGUGAAUGAGAUUGGAAGGACCAGUGGCAGAAGAGCUAACACUGAUGGUAGUGGCAGUAUGUUGGCGGUGGACACCUUUGAUAGUAGCAGCCACAGUCGAGAACCACUGCAAAAAGGUAUAACAGAGGUGAAAAGCAUUGCCUUGGGUUCUUCACGUGACCAGGGCAGCUCUGUUACCAGCUCUUCGUACAGUUCAAUACGGAGUUCUGUAGCCCCCGCGAGCAAUGAUCCAGUGAAACGAUUGCAGACCCAACCAAACCAGACUUCUCAAACAAUCCUCAGCUCUUUCCCUCUGCCAAAGAAAGACACAGACACAAGAGGCUUCAGGUCAGAAGCCCCCAAACCUCUUCCUAUGAAAGAACCAGAGGCAGAUCGCCAGUCAUCGUUGAAAACCCAACUAUCCAGCAAUCUGUUCCACGGUGUGCAUCCUGGCCGACCUGGUCUUGUGCUCAUUGGCAGCAAUGAUGCCAGUGGCACUAAGGAUCAGAGUACAAAUCAAGGAAAAGUGUCAAAGGUUGCUGAGCAGAUGAAAAAGCAGGAGACGCAGCAGCAACUGAAGCAGCAGGCGCAGCAGCAACUGAAGCAGCAGACGCAGCGGCAACUGAAGGAGCAGGCGCAGCAGCAACUGAAGCAGCAGGCGCAGCAGCAACUGAAGCAGCACACACAGAAGCAGCAGGCACAGAAGCAGCCAGUAUUGCAACUGGGGCAAGCAUUGUGCCCUCCAAUUUUUUCUGCUGCGCAACCCGUUCAGCUUACUUCUCUCAUCCCCAGCAGCACGGAUGCUUCACAUGCCGUGCAACGUUCAGUGUUUAACCCUGGUGAGCCUCACCCUAUCGUUAUUCCUCGAGCACCACCUCAGCCGAUCCUGAGUCCGGUGAACUUCAUUCGUAUGUCACUGACGCCUUCCAGCAGUCAGCAUCCAGCAAAGAGGCCAGUCUCCAAGGGUCUGCCAACACCAGCCAUGAUGCAUGACUAUGCGGCGGCCACACCGAGAGUCUUUCCACAUACCUGUUCUCUGUGUUACAAAGAAUGCACUCAUAUGAAGGAUUGGAUCUCCCAUCAGAACACCAGCCAUCACCUUCAGAGCUGCAAAGUCCUCCGGGCACAAUACCCAGAGUGGGAUGGUGAGAUAAUACUGGGGCCCAGUGCUCCAGGGAAAGAUGCCAAGCCCUCGCCCUCAACUUCUGCCCAGACUUCCCAACAUCGUCACCAGAAAACCAGGCAUAGAAGCCGCUCCCGUUCCCGCUCGCCCAGCCCCCGUAGGCACCAUGGCUCCGAGGGUAGAAGAGAGAAACGCAGCAGAUCACGAUCACCGCACGGCUCCAGAUACACUCGCGGAUCCCGGUCUCGUUCUCGCUCUCCACGUUAUGACCGUCCUCCCUCCUCCCGCUCCCCCAGUCCCCGUAGGCACCAUGGCUCAGAGGGUAGAAGAGAGAAACGCAGCAGAUCACGAUCACCGCACAGCUCCAGAUACACUCGCGGGUCUCGUUCUAGCUCUCCAUGGUAUGACCGUCCGUCCUCCUACCGCUAUCGGUCGCGCUCAAGGAGCCAUGAGAGACGAUCCUUACCAAGGAGGAGAGACGAGAAACGGUUCUCGCCAAGAAGGAGUGAAGAGAGACGGUCAUCUCCGAGACGGAGUCGUGAAAGACGAUCAUCACCAAGGAGGGGUGACGACAGACGAUCAUCUCCAAGAAGAAGCCGUGAAAGACGAUCGUCCACAGAGAGGUCAUCCCCUCAACGGAGGAGGUCGAGCAGUGCAGAGAGACUGGCUAAGAAACUAUUGGAAAAAUCAGCUGUCCAGUCACUGGCAAAAGGGUCUGACCUGGAGGCUGUGGUUAAAACUCUGGCCCCUGCCUUACUGGCCGAGUUAGCCAAGAUUAAGUCUUCCUCAUCAUCAUCCUCUUCAUCGUCCAAAGGAGGAAAACACUCUCAGUCCUCUCCCUCUGCUGGGGGAAAGAUCUCAUCCUCUGCUGCCUCUUUGUCAUCCUCCUCCUCAGCAGCAAAGAAAAAGGAGUCAACGACAACAUCCUCUAAAGCAAAGCCCAUCCUGCAGACGAGGAUGAAGUCUUCCUCAUCAUCAUCCUCUUCAUCGUCCAAAGGGGGAAAAUGCUCUCAGUCUUCUCCCUCUGCUGGGGGAAAAAGCUCAUCCUCUGCUGCCUCUUCGUCAUCCUCCUCCUCAGCAGCAAAGAAAAAGGAGUCAACGACAACAUCCUCUAUAGCAAAGCCCAUCCUACAGAGGAGCGAGGAUACUGUUUCCGAGGAGCAAAAGAAGACUCCUCUGAAAAAACCUGCCAUUUCCAGUGUCUCCCCACCUCAGACCACUAAAUCCACAACCACUGCUACCCCUGGAACAGCUGUUCUCCCUAAUCCUCAAAAAACGUCACUUAAUUGCCCUACAAAGCCUUUAUCUUUACCCUCACAAAAACCUACAACAACCACCCCCGAAAAAAACACCACAGGCAAACCUACUAAUGAGGAAAUUAAAGGCUUAACAAAUGUCACUGAAGCAAAAGUCAUGAUCUCAAAAGCAAAAAAUGUCACAACCGAGCAGAUGGUCAAAAUGGAAAAAUCUAUGGUGCAGCUGAAAGAGACAGCUAAGGUUGAUAAAUCAGAAAACAUUAUUGUUGCUGAGCCAACUAACGGCUCAGAAAUUGGCACUGAAUCAAAGGUCUCGGCGUCCAAAUCGGAAACAACCCCAACUUCUCAGAUACCCAAAACACCAGUGGACAGUUUGUCAGCAGCAGGAGCUAUGAUGGAAGAAAAGGGGGAAGAAACAGCAGCAAAAGCUAUAAAUCUGCCAUCUGUAUCUAUGGCUUCAGAAAACUGCCCUGAUGUAGAGACUUUCAAGGCUAAAGAAUUGGAAACAAAGAUUCAAGAACCUGUGGUGGUACUGGAAGACAUAGCCAGGGUUGUUGAAACAGGAAAUGCAAAAGUUUCUGACUUGAAGCGCCAAGCAGAACUAGGCAAAGUUGAUGUUGAGGCAAAGGAGGCCGAAGAUGCUGAACCAAUGGAGCUUGGGGAAACAGGCGUCCGUCAAGUGCCAGAACCCAUGGAAUUUGAAAGUUGUGUUGAGGACAAAGGGGAAAAACUGACAGAUACAGUGGCCGUAUCAGACCAAUCGAGUGAGAGUCAACCACCAACCAGUAUAGAUGACACCAGACCAGAUUUGUCUCCACCUAAACCUGCCCCUGUUCAACCUCAAACAGAAGCAGUUCCUAAACGUUCGGACAACAAUACACAGAGCCCACAGACCUCCAUUAAAACUCCAGAAACCUCAGUCAAGUCUCCAUCGCAGGUCCAGCAAAGCACCCUGCGGGAACCACAGUCCACUGCACCACGACUGGAGACCAAGAUAGACACCUCACAAGUCCAACGGCAGGCUGCAUCAAGCUCAACUGAAGCUGCUUUAGAGGCCAAGCUGACCGUGGAAAAGGGGGAGAAAAAAACAACGCAAAAAGAUCCUGCGUCUGCCAUGAAGACCCAGAGGGAUCCAGCAUCAGCCAAGGAUGCCUCCAAAGCUGUCAGCAAUGUUUCGGCUAUGGCGACUGAAGUAGCUGCCUCUGCCAAAAAUGAGCAUACAGCUGUAGCAGUGAAGGAACAGCAAUCGGCAGCAACCCAAUCUUCUUCAGCUGCAGUUACCCUGACUAUUGGGGAAAUGGUAGAAAAGCACCUGCGUCAAAAUAGAAUCACGUGCCUCAAGAGGAAAACAUGCUUCUUACCAAAAUUUUUUUCACUUGGUAAGAAGCAGUUGUUAAUAACCAACCUGCCGAAGUAUUACGAUGGCUGCUACACAGAGGAAGACAUUGCCAAGCUGCUCGUUCCGUUCGGCUUUCAAUAUGAAGAUGACAACAUCUAUGUUGUUCCUCAGGCACGCAUGGCCUUUGUUGUGAUGUCGACAGUGGGGGAUGUGCAGAACAUUAUGAAAGACACCAGAGGGAAUUGCCUUACUCUCAAAAAGUCUAGACUUCACUUGCAUGUAGUGGACAGUGGCAUAACAAUGUCACCACUUGGGUUUUAUAAAUCACUGAUGAAGAGGAUGAAUUCACCUGUGAUUGAUGAUGGAGAGAGAACAAUCGUUAUCAAGAACAUUUCACCAAGUGAGUCCAGAGACCUAAGGGAAGCCUUGAGAAAAAUCGAUUUUGUCAGAAACUACAUGCCUCUCCUCAACAAGGUAUUUAUCGAAUUUGAGUCCAUUCGUGAUGCUGAUCGGCUCGGAGUUUGGUACAGCCUCCUGAAACAGGACCCUGGUCACAGAGUCUAUAGGCUGAAAACACCGCAUAGUGGCUGUACAGCACUACCACCGAGACUUGCUGCGAACGCAAUGCCAGACAGCAAAGAUGCUGUUCCCCGGGCAACUAUCCCGACAACAAAAUAUGGCGUUCCACAGGGCAGUAUUUCACCGUUUUGGGUCAUGAUGACAACCAGUCCCUUUGUGUUCCCUACCAUGUCUCCUUGGUUCAUCAUCCCAGAUUAUCUGACAGUCAGAGGAAGCGACGACCUUGCGAAAGCCAACAGUCAAGGGUCUGUCUUCCCCACAAUCAUGUUGACCGGUUUGCCAGAAGGAAACUUUAAGCACGAGGAUGUCGCCAAGCUGGUCUGGCCCUACUUCCCCAAACAAAACCUUCAUUCCCUGUACUACAACGUGACUGUCUUAACACUGCAAAGGAGGGCUUUUGUGUAUUUCAGCGAUUGGACUUCCUGCUGUGAUUUUGUCCGAGAUCACCUCAGUAAUCCAGUUUCUGUCAGAGGCUCCACACUCAGGAUCCACUUCGUUUUACAGCACAUGUCUCCUGAAUCAAGAGAGGAGACCAUGUAUAAAACUCUGAUGAAAUGGAGCAACGCUCGUGUUCCAGAUCUAGAGUCUCUGGAGGAGCGGUUACUCUGUGUGGAGAUCUCUGAGACAGCUAUGGAUGUCGUCAAAAUGGUCAUGGAAGUGGUGGCGUCCAUUGCUGCUUUUGUCAGCUUCCUGCCGCUUGCCAACAGGAUAUGCGUUGAGAUGGCUGACUCCAGUGGUGUAACACAGGUGCUGGAGAAGUACAACACUUUCUCACCGGACUCUGUAUCUAAGCGCUUAACUUGGAGUAAAGUUCAACGCUUUGAGACUUUGAAGAGCCUAAAACAGCGUCUUGAAGAUUCCAGUGAGAUCACAAUAAACCUUGAAGAGGACACCGUCGAUGUUGAAGCUAAACCCCCAACACAGCCUCCUCCUUCUGAACUUUCUGAUAAUGGGCAGCAGCCUGCUCUGCAAACCAGUACUCCUGCCUCUGCUGAACCAGUAGCCCCUGAUGGAUCCAUCAUUUGUGAAUCCGUCACGGCAGGACCAAGUGCCACCGCUGCAAGUGACGUAGCAGUGGAGGAUGAGGGUGAGCAACUGGGAACUGAGAUUUCCAUGGACUCCACCAUUGCUCCAACAGCAAGUAAAGAUGUAGAGAAAGCAGAGGUAAAGAGGGAGAACAAGUCACCAACAACUACAGAUGCUGCUGCUGGUAGAAACACCGUCCCCGCUGCUUCCAGACCCACACUCUCAGCCAAAAGUCUGGUCAAGCCCCAAGAGAAUGUCGCAGAACUUCUUCAUAUUGACGAGGACAUUUUCAGGGCUCUUACAGCAGCAGUUCGCCAGCACAGACUCACCCGAGAAAGCAGGACACACAGUGAGGAGAAGGAGAGCCCCAGCAAAGCCAACACAAGCUCUGCAAUUGUAAAAGAUGAAGACAUCAAGAGACAAGAGAAGGAUGAUUUUACAGAUGAUGUUGUUUCUUCAGACGCCUACCUUUUUGAUCAGCAAAAUUUCAACAUGGAUGACUUUGUCACUGUUGAUGAAGUUGGCGAGGACAUUGGAGACAGAAGCCCUGACCACCAGAGCUGCUCCUCUUUUGAGCAGUCCUCCAUGGAGGAGAAAGAAAGGCAAAGCCCAGACGCAUUAUCUGCUGCUAAACAGACCUCAACAAGGUCCUUGAGAGACUAUAAGAUCUCAGCCUUUUCUUCCUCAUCUUCAUCCUCCUCAUCCAAGCCAAAUAAAGACUCCAUGAAGAGCAGCUCAUCUUCUAACUUGACCUCUGUGUCACCAAGAAAGCCCAAGGACUCAUCUGAGCGUACCAAAUCCCCUCCCAAACCCUCUUCUUCUGCCAAUGUUAGUAAGAUCCAUGCUGCCUCUUCUUCACUGUCUGUUGAAACCCCUUCCUCUCCUGGUCAGAAAGCACAACAGGGUAGGAAAAAAUCUCCAGUCAAAAUGUCUGAUACUUCAUCUUCGGGUUGUAUCACCCGAUCGUCCUCCACUGCACGUGAAAGGGAGGCGUCAAUAGAGACCCAUCCUGAGAGAGACAGAGAAGAAGCAAAAGCCUCAGAGAGUGCAGUGGCAAAGUCUGACCACAAAGUGUCAGCAGAGGGAAUUGCUGAAAAAACUGUUGAGUCACAGACAAAAAUAGAAACAUCAUCAGAGAUGCAUCCAGCUGCGCAGGGACAGGGGUUAGAGUUGAGCCAAGCCCAGAGUCUGGGGAUUGAUUUUAAGGAUAACACACUCAAAGACCUAGAGAAGAGCAUAGAGAAAAGGAAAGAAGAUGAUGGUGACAAAUGGGGAGAUGAGGAGCAUGAUGAUGGUGAAAAUUACCAAAUCCUUGAUUCACUUGAUGACCAAACAGAUGAACAGAUGGAUGAUGGGGACCAAGUAGGCAGCUCUGAAACCCAGCUAUCUGAACCUGAGAAAAUCCAGAGUUUUCACGAGGAAACCUUUCAGGUCUUGGACAGUAUCAACAAUGAAGGCAAGGCCUGCCCUGAGGAGUGCAGUGAAAAGGAAAUGGAAACUUCUUUCCAAGUCACAGACAGUGCUACUAAAGACCAAGCAGCUACAGGUCAAGAGGACAGUUACCUGGUCGAAGAUGACGGUUCCACAGUAAAGCAGCUUUCUGAGGAAAAUGUGAAUCAAGUCGUCAACAAAUCUGAUGAUAAAUCUGCAGUUGAAGACGCAAUUAAUAAAAAUCAGGAGGCAAGUAGUGAAGAUAGUUUCCAAGAUACAUGUAGCAAACAAGCUCCAAGGGGUAAGGGAGAUGAAAAGAAGAGAAAACAAAAAGAAGAGGAGGUCAAAUGCAAAGCCUCCAAAGAUGUGGAAAAAACUGAUGACCAAAUCCCAAAUGAUGAAGACCAGCCUCUUAAAGUUAGUGACAACAAAGACACUUUAAAAGACCUUGACAGUGAUGUUUCUGAACAAGAAGCUUUUGAGAUAUUGGAUUCAAUUGACGAUCAGACGGAAUUGGAAGACGAGAGCCAAAAGCUUGAAACUCCCAGUGAUCAGAUGUCUAAAGAAGACAUAAGGCGCAUAGAAGAGGAGGAAGAUACCUAUCAGGUAAUCGACUCUGUUGAAGAUCUGCCAACAACAACAGAGUCAGAGGUUGACAACUGGGAAAAAAGAACCAAGAAAGUGGAGGUGACUGCUCGAAAAGAUGAUAGAUCAUCAAAGAGGAGUUGCCCCAGGACCAGAGCAUCCAAAAGUGAAGAGAAGGAGAAAUCACCAAAGAAACAGGACAGGACAGUUAAAAAAUAUGAAACCCGAACGAAGACGGAUGCCACUGCAGAAGUUUCUAAAAAAGACGAAGAGAUUCAAGAGGUCACUGAGGAGAUGGUGUACGAAAUAGUAGAUUCUGUUGAAGAGGAACCGGUUCAUGAUGCAGCCACCACAGAAAGGUCUGGUAGAAGAAGGAGUGCAAGAGGAAAGAAAGAGGAUAAAAUGACAUUGAAUCUCACUGAGGCAUCUGAAAAACCAGAUGGAGACGAGGAGGCUUCAUAUCAAAUUUUAGACUCUGUGGAGGACGAGACGGCCGCAGAAGAACCGACCAUUAUGACAAGAUCUACCAGAGGAAGAAGGGAAAGAACAACUAAGAAAGAUGCAUCGAAUGAGAAAACAAAAAAAGAGGAUACACCAACAAGGAGGAGGCACGCUCCUACAGCAGAAUCCCGGGGGAAAAUGCCAAAGAAAGAGGAGAAGGCACCUCCAAAAGAGAGCAUGCCAAUAAACAAGAGUGACAUCAUUGAAAGAGAGGUCAGUGAGGAAGAUGCUACCUAUGAAAUAUUAGACUCUGUGGAAGAUGAGGUCGUUAAGGAUGACCGGCCUGCUACAGGAGGAAAAGGAAGAAGGGGAAGACCAAAGAAAGAGGUUAAAACAACAAAAAAAGACACCGUAACACCGAAGAAGGAUGACGGUGAAAAAGUGGCUGAUGAAGAAGAGGUCACAUAUCAGAUUCUUGAUUCCGUGGAGGAUGAAAUGGGUGACGAUCACCCUCCCAGAGAAAAGUCUGACAGUGCAAGAAAGGAGAACAUUUUUAAAAACGACAACAAGCAAAUAAAAAGUGCAUCUUUCGCAGGAUCACCCAAAAAUGACGAGGAGGAAGAGGAGCCAGUUUAUCAGAUCGUAGACUCUCUGGAAGAUGAUCACGUUCAGGAAGAGUUGAUGACCACAGAGGUGUCCAAUAGAGGGAUGAGGGAAAGAAGUAAGACAAAAAAUGAAAUCUGUCCACAAGAGGAGGCACCAGCUGUAAAAGAUGACACACCACCAUGUAGUACCACCAUUGUGGAAAUGUCUGAAAAAGUGGUCGUCAAGGAGGAGAGUCUGUAUCAGAUAAUUGAUGAUUUAGAGGAGGUAAAUAAUGAUCCAUCUGCUACAAAAGAGUCUGGUAUGAGAAAGAAGAAAAGAACACCCAAAACAGACAUUAAGAAAGAGGGCAAAUCAACAACUAAGUCCCAAAGUAAUACCACAGCAGAGGAGAAAAAUCAAAAAUCGUCCAAGAAAAAUGACACAACAGAUGCAACGAGCGCUCUGGUGAACCUGGAUGAAGUGAGCGAUGAGGAGGAUGAUUACCCUGAUGACACGGCUGAGGAGGAAGAAUUGAGGAAGAGGCAAGCUGCCGCUAAAGAGAAGCAGCUCACCAAGGAUCGAGAGAAGGAGCGGAAAGAGAGGAGGACCAGGGAGAAAGAAGAGAAGGAGAGGGAGCGAAGUAGCCAGAGCAGCAGCAGCAGAGGAGGAAGGGGCAGCAGUGGGGGAGGGACGAGGAAGGCGAAGGAGAGGGGGAGGGAAAAGGAAGAGAACGUAGAGGUAGACACAGAGGAGAUGGUGACUCUGGAUGAGGUGGGAGCAGAUGAGGUUGGAGAGGAAAGAGCGGCACAGGAUCAAGAGUGGGAUGAGGAGAUCACAGAAGGAGACCUGCAGGCGCUCGUCACUCUGGAUGAAAUAACAGAGGAGGAGGAAGAGGAGGGAAAGGUUGAGCAAAGCACACAAAUCAAAUCCAUGGACUCCUUAAACCCAGAGACUUUGGUGACUUUAGAUGAAGCAGGUGAUGAUGAGGAAGAGAAGGCAGAUGAAGAUGAAGCUGAGAAAUCCUCAAAAUCCUCAAGAUCUGCUAAACGCAAACACGAUGACACAGAGGAGAGUAUUAACUUUGUGACAGUAGACGAGGUGGGAGAAGUUGAAGAGGAGGAAGAAAAGGAAACUACCAGGACAAGAGGUCAAGCCAAGAAGAAAACCAGACAGACCCCUGUGAGAAAAUCUACUAGGGGGAAAAAAAUUGCUGCAAAAGAUGAGAGAGAAGAUGAAAAGGAAUCAGCUGCCUGUGAUGUACCCCUUCCCACUUCACUCAAUGCCUCUUCAUCAUUGGACAAAGAUCCAUCGGCGUUGUCAAGUGACAGCCAGCAAGACAUCCAGAAGGCAGAGGCGAAAGGAGCGAGCCGUGCUCACAUCGAUGCCGCCUCUGCUGGGCAGGACCUGCACCCUGAGAACCACAGCCUGGAAGAAUGUAGUGAGGAAGGAUGGAGCAAGGUGGACAUCAAAGCUGUUAGUAAAAGGAAGGAGGAGCUUGUCGGACCUGAAGCAAAGAGAUCUCGUUCUCAUUCUCCUUGUGUUGCUGCUGAUUUCAAACUGCCACCAUUCAACCCCAACAACCCCCUGGGUCAGGAGUUUGUGGUCCCCAGAUCGGGGUAUUUCUGUAAUCUCUGCUCUGUUUUCUACCUGAACGAGAGCACCGCCAAGGAGCUCCACUGCAGCAGCCAGAGACACUACGACAACCUGCAGAAACAUUACCAGAAGCUUCAACAGAAACCAUCAGGAAGUUCAACACAAAAAUCUCAAGGCUCCGUUUCUGAUUGAUCCAGACUUCGGCUACUAAACUUUUUUGAAAUAAAAACGUGAAAACA